AUGAUUUACAAAUUAAACGAUUCCAUGUAUUCAAAAAUGCCACCAGUCUUUCAUCUAGAUGAUUAUGAUAAUUGUCUGAUAAAUCCCAAGGGUGUUUACUGUACAGCUAAUGUCGAUAUAGUAUCAGACACUUCAAGUGAACUCUUGGCCAUGAUUCGAAAUUAUUCCGAAUACGGGAGAAAACAUUUCAAUCAUUCACAAUUGCAUUAUGGUAUUUGUGUGACGCACACAUGCAGAUAUUUGUAUGCUGACAAUAGAACACAUGACUUAAAACUGAUACUUGAGAAAUGCCUAAAUGAUACCCUAUUAGAGAAUUAUCAGUUAAAAUGCAGAAUAAGUGAACCAGUUUAUUGUAAUAGUAACGAAAGCACCGUAUAUGAAGAUACAGGAGAUGUGGUGAUGGCAGCAUUUUUAAUAAUAUUACUUGUUAUAGAUUGCAUUUCUACUCUUUAUGAUUUUCUAUACUUCAAAAGACACAAAGUUCAAGGUAACAAAUACGUACUUUGCUUUUCAAUACUACGCAAUUACUCAAAAUUAACAACAUCUUAUAAAGGACUAAAUGUAAGGGAAGAAAGAUUAAAAUCAUUGCAUGGAUUAAGAACACUGACAAUGAUGGGCGUUAUUUUCUGUCAUUCGCUUCUACCAUUUGCACUUGCACCGGAAAAUCCUCAUUAUGUUGAAAUGGUAUACGACAAUAUCUCACACUUGUUAUUCCUAAACGGAAUGAUCGUUGUUCAAACUUUCUUUAUCAUCUCCGGCUGCCUGUUGGCGUACAAACUCGAGUUGUAUGCUGAGAGCCACGUCAUGAAAUGGACAUUGAUACCAAGAGGCAUCAUUUCAACAUGGGUAAAGCUGACACCUUCAUAUGCUAUAGUUCUGGCACUAACUUGCACUUGGUUGAGACAUGCAGGUUCCGGACCUUUUUGGGAGUUGACAGUUACAAAAGAAGUUAAAGAUUGUCGCACGAAUGGAUGGAGGAAUUUGUUAUAUAUAAAUAACUAUUUUGACAACACACAAUGUAUGGUGCAAUCAUGGUACCUUGGAGCUAUUAUGCAAAUGUAUAUCCUUGGUUAUAUGGCAUGUGUCCUGACUAAAAGUAAGAGAAGAAGAAAAAUGCUACUGAUAUCACUGUUCCUAAUCGGUGUUGUAACACCAGCUGCUCAUACUUAUUUUCAAGAUCUAGAUGCCAUGCUUAUAGUUACACCAGAAACUGCAAGGACAUUUGAACACAAUCCGACAUUCAACAAUGUUUAUAAAAGAGGACAUACUAAUUUAGUCAACUUUGUUGUGGGUUUAGCACUAGGUUCAUUCGUAUAUCGAUUGCAAGUUGAUAAAAUUGAUAUGGAAAGAUUUAAGAAGUUUAGAUUCCUACUUCUGCUAACAUUCCCAGGAAUUCUAAUGUCCAUAUUUAUUGGCACUGUGUUUUAUAUGGAUGGAUCUGAAGCAUCUCCUUUAGCUAAAGCGAUAUAUGCGGGAACUAUCAAACCGUUGUAUGGUCUCAUUAUUGCAACACUUAUUUUUGGUUGUGUUUUCAAAAUCGACAAUGUGUAUCGAGUAAUUCUGGAAUGGGACGGAUGGAAAAUUCCAUCAAAACUCUCAUAUUGUGCGUUCCUUUUACAUUUCAUGUUAAUCAGAGCAGCGACUGGAAUGCGCAAAACGCUACUUCCAUUGAAUUACUAUCAUAUGGUUGAAGUAACUGUCACUUUUGUAACGUUGUCUUUUGUAGCGGCAAUACCAUUUUGGAUAUUAAUAGAUGCACCACUAACAGAACUUAUGAAACUUUGUUUGAAACUUACAAACACAGAAAAAGAGACUGUCGGUAUAGACGAUGGCGAAGAAAAUGUUAUUUGUUUAAAUAAAAGGAAUGAUAUCUCAGUCGAUGACAAUGACGAUGUUAAUGCUUAAUUGAUUGAAGAUUAGAAUUUAAAUGAUCGUGAACAAAAGUAUAAGGACUAGGAAGAAAUAACAGAAGUGAAUAAAACAAUAUAUCAGUGAUUCAGUUCAGACCGAUAUGGAGAAUCAGUAACAAAUCUUUUGACUUAAAAAUAAAAAGGAGACUGUCAUAG